GCGGCCGCGGCCAAGAGGCCCAAGGUGGUGGCAGAAAACAGUCCUGCUGAGGAUGGCAGCACUGACGCCAUCUCUGGCUUCCUGGGCUGGUGUAAGAAGAUUGGUUUGGAGCUCAGCCCCAAGGUCUGUGUGAGCAGAGAAGGCACCGUGGCAGACUAUGGCAUGUUGGCCAGAGAGGACCUGCAGGUUGGAGAAGUCCUCUUCACCAUUCCAAGGGCAGCCCUCCUUUCCCAGCACACCACCUCCAUUCAGCCCCUCUUGGAGGAAGGCCAAGCAUCUUUGCAGAGUCAGUCUGGCUGGGUGCCUCUCCUCCUGUCCUUGCUGCAUGAGUACACAGCCAGAAACUCGUAUUGGCAGCCCUACCUCUCGCUUUGGCCUGACCUGAAGAGCUUGGAUCACCCCAUGUUCUGGCCUGAAGAAGAGAGAGUACGGCUGCUGCAGGGCACAGGCAUCCUAGAAGCAGUAGACAAAGACCUGGCCAACAUCCACCUGGAGUACACCUCCCUCAUCCUGCCUUUCAUGGAGUCCCACCCAGACAUCUUUGAUCCCAAGUUGCACACCUUGGAGCUAUACCAGAGACUUGUGGCAUUCGUCAUGGCCUAUAGCUUUCAGGAGCCUCUGGAUGAAGAUGAGGAUGAGAAGGAGCCUAACCCUCCAAUGAUGGUGCCAAUGGCUGACAUCUUGAAUCAUGUGGCCAGUAACAAUGCCAACCUGGAGCACUCCCCAGAGUGUCUGAGAAUGGUUACGACACAGCCUGUCUGCAAAGGGCAAGAGAUCUUCAAUACAUAUGGACAGAUGGCGAACUGGCAACUUGUGCAUAUGUAUGGCUUUGCUGAGCCAUACCCGGGCAACACCAAUGACACAGCUGACAUCCAGAUGGUGACAGUGCGUAAAGCAGCGCUGCAGCGUGCCAGAACAGCAGUGGAGCAGCAGCUGGUGUCAGAGCAGUGGGAUUUCCUCUGCCAGCUGGAGAUGGUUGGGGAGGAAGGUGCUUUUGUGAUUGGCUGGGAGGAGGUGUUAACUGAGGAAGAGCUGUCCAUGACCCUGAAGGUGCUCUGCAUGUCUGUGGAGGAAUUUGAAGAGUUUAAAGAGAAAGACGGCUGGGAGGAAGAUACCAGUGAGGAGGAGGAGAGCAUGCUGUCUAAUGAGAUGAUACGCAAGAUGAAAGCCUCAUGGAAGAAGUUGCUCCAUGACAGUGUGCUGCUGACACUUGCAUCUUACAAUUCAGACUUGAAUGCAGAGCAGGACUUGCUGAAUGACAAGGUGGCUUAUGGCAAACUGAGCCAGAGAGAGCGGCAAGCCUUACAAGUGCGCUACGGGCAAAAGAAAAUCUUGCAUCAGCUGCUGGAGUUGGUGCAGUAGAGACAGAACUGCAUAGCGGGUAGCACAAAUGCAGUCUGGAAUUGCAGCUGGGGUCAAGCUAUGGGCAAAGGAGCAUUGUACCAUCUAUACCAGGGCCAAUGGUGGGUAUGGCCAUUGGGCACCAGGAAGACCAGAGGGCAAGCUUUAAAUGAAGUCUCUUGCAUUGGGCUGUUGUUUCUAGGUUUUCUGGAUUUGCUUUUUGUCUACCUCUUGUAUAUAUUUUAUAUAAAAGACUUGUCUUAAGGAUGUGGAA